AUGGAUCCUACUAGAGACCCUGACUUCAAGCCCCGGGACCCUGACGCGAAGUUGCUGCCACCUCCUGACCCAACCUCGAAGAUUCCAAAGUCUGGGCCCAUUACGCCGUAUGUGCUGGCGGACUACAACGCGUCUAUCGACGCUCCGCUGCAGAUGAAGAAGAACACAACUCACUUGCCGCACUCGCAGGGUAACCACCAGCGCAUACCGCUGAACAAGAGCGAGUUCCAGCCGUUGUCGACCACUGGCUCCUCAGAGGAGGACUUCGAAUUGGACGACGAAAAUAUGGACAGCGACAGUGGCAGCAAGCGCGAGAGUCUCGGCCAGCUGUCGGGACACGGUAUCGGUAUCGGUGUGCACAAGAACCAGAUUGCCGACUUGGAGGAAGUGCCCCACGGUAUUGUCCGCCAGGCCAGGUUCCUCGAGGACUACGAAUUCCCAACGCACAGACUGGCUAACAGGCUGCAGGACCCAAACAAGAUGCCUCUCGUCAUAGUGGCGUGCGGGUCGUUCUCUCCCAUCACUUAUCUGCACCUGAGAAUGUUUGAAAUGGCCCUAGACGCCAUCUCAGAGAUGACUAGGUUCGAGGUUGUGGGUGGCUAUUACUCUCCCGUAAGUGACAAUUACAAGAAACAAGGAUUGGCACCAUCGUAUCACCGUGUCAGGAUGUGUGAGCUGGCCUGUGAGAGAACUUCUUCCUGGCUGAUGGUGGAUGCUUGGGAAUCUCUCCAGCCAAGCUAUACAAGGACCGCAAAAGUCCUAGACCAUUUCAACCACGAGAUCAAUGUCAAGCGAGGAGGUAUCACCGUCCAUGAGAAGAAACGGAAUGCCGACAACAGUGGAUACCACAUGGAAGAACAUAAGAGAGGUGUGAAAAUUAUGCUGUUAGCAGGUGGUGAUCUGAUAGAAUCUAUGGGCGAACCUGGUGUCUGGGCAGAUGAGGAUUUACAUCAUAUCCUGGGUAAUUACGGUUGUUUGAUUGUGGAAAGAACAGGGUCUGAUGUUCGUUCUUUCUUAUUGUCACAUGAUAUCAUGUAUGAGCACAGAAGGAACGUCCUUGUUAUAAAGCAACUGAUUUACAAUGAUAUCUCAUCUACAAAAGUCAGGCUGUUUAUUAGACGUAACAUGUCCGUGCAGUAUUUGUUACCUAACUCUGUGAUCAGGUAUAUUCAAGAGCACAAGCUUUACAUCAACCAAUCCGAACCUGUGAAACAAGUUUUGAGCGGUAAAGAGUAA